AUGGAUUCUAUUGAUGAAUUUGAAAGAUUUUACACAGAUCUCAAACAGUUGGAAAAAAAAGAUGCUGUAUUAACAUCAGUUCAACAGAUUGAUAGAUUAUUAAAACCUGGUUCUACUUAUCUUAAUUUAAAUCCUUUUGAAGUUUUACAGAUUGAUCCUGAAAGUUCAAUAGAUGAUUGUAAGAAAAGGUUUAAACGUCUUUCUGUUCUUGUCCAUCCAGAUAAAAAUCCAGAUGACAGAGAACGUGCAGAUAGAGCAUUUGAUAUUUUAAAAAAAGCAAUUGAAGCAAUAGAAGAUCCUGCAAAACUAGCUAAAAUAAAAGAUGGUUAUGCUGAAGCUAGAGCUAGAUUAGCAAUUAUGAUGAGUGAAAAAAAAAGAAAAUUAAAAAAAGAAGGUAAAUCUACAGAUAUACCAGAAGAUACAUCAGAAGGAUACUCAAAAAUGUUAUGGGUUGUUGUUACAAAAGUUUUUGCUGAUCGUGAAAGAAAAAGAAAAAUGUUAGAAGAGAGGGAACAAAAUGAAAAAAUUCGUAAAGCUGAGGAAGCAACAAAAGCAGUUGAAAAAAGAAAAUUAGAAGAAGAAUUUAAGAAAAAUUAUGAAGAAUCUCGCGAUGAAAGACGCGUAAGUUGGAGGAAUUUUGUACAUAAAAAAGAAGCUCAGGGAAGACCAUUUAGUGGAAAUGGAUAUAAAUUACCUAAAAAUAAAAUGGAUCAACCACCACCACCUGCUAAAAAACCAAAUUUAAAUCCUAAAUAUUAA